AUCAUUGAUGGCGUCAGGUCAUCGUCAGGUGUAUUUUUCAGCCGUGUUUUUAAACAUUUAUAAAUGAAAUGGCAUCAAUUAAUGUCAUAAAUGAGUGUCACUGCUGUUUGUUGCGUCCUGCGGCGAGAGAUAUGACGACGCCGUACUCCUGUCUCGGAAUAACGGAGACAUACUCUGUCAUGCUCCAAGCAUGCUUCCUAAUUGACCUAAUACCUGGCAGUGAUGGCAAAAGUGGUAUCUGUGACGCAUGUGUUGAGCGCCUGCGCGACGCAUGCCACUUCAAAAUGCUUGUGCAACGCAGUCAGGCAAGUCUACAAGAUAGGUUGGAGAGAGAACAAAGAGUCAAAGGGCUCAUGGAAAUGGCGAUUGAAGAUGCUGCGCGUGAUGUAGUUUCAUUACACGAAGAAUCUGUGGGCCUAACGCAUGAAGAUGCAAUUUGUCAUCAGCCUUCCCUUAUCGAGGAACCAGGGUUCCAGCCGACUGAACAAGAGAUGUGUGCUAAACCUUGUUUACAGACUGGUCUUGUUGAGUGCUCAGUGAAAUCGGAGACGUCUGGCGACGCGGCGAGAAACGAGGACGUCCAGGACUGUCCGACUGUGCCGCCCGAGGAACCAGGGAGCCAGUCGAUUCAAGAAGGGAUGUGUGACGAACCUUACUUACACGAAGAGUUUACAGUAAAGUCGGAGGCGUCGGGUGAACCGGCGAGUGGCGGAGACUGUCCGAGUGUGCCGAUGGAGGAAUCAGGGCUCCCGCCAGCUGAAGGAGCGUGUGUUAAACCUUCUUUACAUAAGGAGUGUUCAGUGAAGUUGGGGGCGUCGGGCGACGAGGCGAGUGACGGAGACGGCCCAACUGUGGCGCUUGAGGAAUCAGGGUUCCCGCCGACUGAAGGAGGGAUGUGUGUUGAACCUUCUUUGCGUAAGUAG